UGGUCCAACAUGGCAGACCAGACAGAAAGGUCGAAGGAAGAACAUAACACCAGUGCUGCCAAGACUCAAGAACUUUUGAAACGGUUCUCCAGUACUGUUUUUGCAUUUGACACAUCUCCAGACACGAGAUACGUACGAUGCGACUUUCCACAGUGCAAGCAGCAUUCAGAAGCCUUGCAAGGGAAGCCUUGCUGGCUCCUCAAUACCAUAAAGAAUGUAAAAGUUCUAGAAAGACAUGUUGGCAAAGAAGUUCAUCAUUAUAUGAAAGAAAAGGAUUCUGGAACUGAUGAUGAAUUCAGCAACUCUCAUCUUGUUGAUAGCAAUGAUUUUAUCGAGAGGCAAUGGUUACCUGAAGGCGUCAGAAAGGUGCUUGCAGUGUUUAAUUUAAAAGACCCGCAGUCCCAGUUUGGUGAUUGGAUUUCCUUGUUUCUGAAAGCUGCUCUUCUGGCUGAAGGGACACACAACAACAAUUGUGUGGUCAUAACUCAGAACUUUGUGAGUCGUCAAGAACUAAUGGAAUCCAUUACAAAGCUGUCAUUCUUGAAAAGUCACUGGCCAACAGUUGAAGUUGUUGCAGUAUUGAGCUGCCACUCAAGUUGUCAAGGUCAAGUUUUUUCAUGCACUCCAUUUGCCAUUGGAAAAGAAAGUGGAUUCGAAGAAUUUUGUUCUCUUCACGACUUUGUAAUGGCCUGCCAGACAAUGCUGGAAGAUGCUCUGAUGGCUACACACAUCUCAUCUUGUUUCACAUUGAAAUUAGAUUGUUCUCAUGCAGAUUGGCCUGUGGAUGCUGAUUGGCUGAAGACCAAACUUCGUUCCAUUCUUUGCGGCAGUACAAAAGAAGUUUACGAGACUGGUUCCCAAGUUGCUGAUCUUCAUUUGAUGCUCUCGACCAUGGUUUGCAGGAAAACGACAGGCACAUGUGGUACACGACUGAAGGAUACCGUGAACAGAGCAUGCACCGAGGGAUUUCCAGAUCUAGCACGGGAGAUGGGAUUAGGGUUCUUAGGCUGUGAUAAUGUCGAGGAAAGGCUUUCAACAGAAGGCAAAGAAGAUCAGGUCACUCCUCCUGGUUUGGUCAUGUCAUCCAUGAGAGUCGUUUUUCUUGUCGAGGAUGACUUUCCUUCUGCAUCAAACCGAGAAGCUUACAAUUCCUGGCAGUUUGGAUCACAUAUUGCCUUGGCUGAUGCUAUUGUUGCAAAUCUUCGAAUGCGCAAAGCUUCGGACGUGAAAUUCGAACAUAUGGUUUUCCAAUUGAAAGGAGAUGAAGUCCACCUCUUGCAAGAGUCACUGAAGAAUUACUUUAAUCAUUUGCCCGAAGAUGCUCUCAAGGUAUUCUUCGUGGCAAUAGGGCCCAUGUUUUCCCGGCCAAACUUGGACCUUAUCAGGCUGAUAAAGGACUGGAGCGAUCUCAGAACACGUGAUGUUUGUUAUGGGAUUCACUUUCAACAUGUUACAGCUAUGCAGGCCUUUGUAAUGAAGAAUAAGCUCAAAGAGGUUCUGGGCAAUAGCGAAAAAAUGUCUGGUAGCGGACAUCUUGCGGUGACAGGGCUUGUCGAAGAUGACAACAGAGACUGCUCUUCCUCAUUCCCAGUACUUCUCUACAUGAUUCAUCUUGCCAUUGGGGAGAACGGGAACCGAUUAGCUGGGAAAGGAAUUCCCUCAGCCGUGUACAGCAAAAGGCCAGUUGGACAUGGUUUGUCAUCUUGGACGUUGGAAGAAGUGUACAUGGAAACUUGCCACGUGUUGUCAGGCUUGAGCAGAAAGUGUGGAAUGCAUUUGCUAUCAGCGGCGCCAACGCCUGUAGAGUCGAAUUCUACGAUUGAAAAAUCUGGGAAAGCUUACCACGUGACUUCCAGUGAAGGAAACGAGGUGGAAUCUGUUCACGAGAAAGGAGCUUCCACUUAUAUGUCCAAAAAUGAAAGCCAACCCCCAGCGCGCAAUCUAGAGUCAGAUUCUUCCUCUUGCCUAACAUUACCUUCAGUGGUAUGCACGUCUAUGAUAGACGAAAGCGCUUGUGAAUCGUUUCACGACAAUUUUGGGAAUGAAGUGUCAAGCAAUGUGCUUACUACAGAAGUGAAGGAGCAAGGCAGUACGACAGGGCAGUGUGAGACACCUACAACUUCCAGUGUAGGGGGAAAUGAAGAUAAAGUUGUACUCAGCUCUGGUUGUAACACUUUAACUUGCAUUGAGGCGUCAGCUGAUGAAGCGUUUCACGAUAAAUCCCCUUCAUGUGACGGUAAAAUUAUAGCAGCUUCAAGCUUGCCAACAGGGAUCAACCACAACGAUAAGCCUUUGGUUGAAAACGUUCCCAUUAUUGAAGGACAUGAUCUUGGUGAUGUCACGAGUCACGACAUUUCAUCAUCAGCUUUAAACUCUUUGUCAUCAACUAAUACGCCUAGAAAAGAUUCAGGAUCGUCAAAGGAAAAAGAUGGCAACUUUAUGACAGAUCAUAAAAAGCAUAGGCUUGUCGAGGAACCAAAUGACGCGACGCUUUUGGAGAAUUCACCUUCAACGUUCAGAUUAUCUGCGACCGUACACAAGAAUGCGUGGUCCAAAGAGGAGGAAGCAGACAAUGCUUUGUGUCACAAUGGAAUAGAAUCCAUGAUUUGCAAGGAUGCAUGUAUAGCUAUUAGCCCUACAUCAGGCACGAGCCAAGAUGGGGAGGGCAAGAGUAUAACAGAGGAGAAAGGGGAAGUGGAGCUUAUUGACAAUGAGAAUGUCUUGCGUACGAAUUCAGAAGGUGUGAUGGGUUGCGACAAACUGAGUUCAGCCGUUAUCUCGGUUGGGGUUGGUGUAAAUUUAGAAGAGGUGUCCAAGGAUGCAGAAGGUACAAUGUACAGAGCUGAGGAUGGGCCUCGUCUUGAGAAUCUGAUGUCAAUCACCAGUUCUGAUGCUACAAGCGUGAGCAUGUCGAUGGCUGAAGGAAGCUCCAUGGAAUCUGUGGUCGAUGAAAAUGCCACCACGAUCCCUUCCCCAUGCUCUGGAAAAUGUGGGGCAGAUGAUCAUACAAUUCAGGAGAAGAGAAAGAAGAAGAAGAAGAAUAAAAACAAGAAAAACAAGAAAAAUAACAGGAGUAAGUCAUCGGUAACCGUCAGUGAUACAAGUUCCCGCACUCUGCCAAAUGGAGUGCAAAUGAAGAUCUCAUACCGAUCAUGGCUUCAGAAUUUUACGGAUUAUUGUAAAGGAAGUCAUGAUGUGGAACACACAGAGGUCAAAACUGACGGAUGUAACUUGAAAUACUCUUUAAAUAUGGAAGAUGUUUGUGAUUAUGCCACCAAUGCUGGUGAAAACGCAGGGGGAGAAGGCAGUUGUGGAAGGAAAAGGUCUCUAUCAACUGAGGAAGUUUGUGACGUAGCUCAAAGUUCGACGAAGAGAACAAAAAGUGAAUCUGAUUCUGAUUGCAAGGGAACGAGUGAAGAUGAAAGAUCCAUUGGCACUAAAUGGGAUAAAAGCGACGAUUUGCCGUUGAUGGCAAAUGUUGAUGAAGUUCUUGUGUAUCAUUACAUUCUUGACUUGUCUGUGGAAUUUAACGAAAAAAGUAUGAAAGGAAACAUAGUGUUAUUUCUUGAACCUCGCAACGAAGAGGUCACUAAAAAGCAAUUUCAAAUGACGUUAGACAGUACCUUAGUGAACAUUGAAUCUGUGAGCGAAGUUGUUCUUCCAGAUGAUUUCCAAGUAACAUUUUGCCGACAUAAACAAAGCGGCCUCUUGUCACACGAAACAACUUCAUCCGAGGUACCACUCGGCUUCUUAGGGAACAUUCUCGGCGAUAAAUCCCACACGCCCUUGCCGUUUAAGGGCCUGUCGUAUUCAGUGUAUGGUUGGUGUGUACAGAUUUCGAAACCUGAAGCAACUGGCAAGGCGUGGCCCAGAUGUGUCUGGAUUAAAUACCACACUAGUCCAGAAGGAUCGUCAUUGACUUGGGCGACUGACCAAGAUGGCAAGCCUUCUGUCUACUCACCCGGUGCGUACAUCAAUAAUCGUUCUCUGAUGCCAUGUCAGGAGCCUCCGAUUGCCAUGUCAACAUGGCAGGCAUCGAUCCACGUGCCGGAGGACUGUGUUGUGUUAAUGAGUGGGAACCAGUUUGUUGGGAAAACCACCCGGAAUGAUACUCAAGUGACCUACCACUAUGAGAUGGAUUGUCCACUGCCUUGCUCAACUCUGGCCUUGGCUGUGGGGUGGUGGGAGUGCCGGCUAUCUAGAACCGCCGACACUAAAAACGGUGAUAAUCCCAAUGUGCCGGUCACGUGUCGUUUGUUUGCUCCGCCCAGUUUGAUUGACAGGGCGGCAGAGGAGUUGCUAGAAUACGCGCCUAAAUUUCUAGAAGCUUCCUGCGAGUUGUUAGGUCCUUAUCCAUUCAGACGGUUGGACAUGUUGGUUUUGCCAAAGUGUUUCGCUUGCAUGGGACUCAAAAGUCCCAAUCUGGUGUUUCUGUCCCAGUCCCUUCUUUCUGGUGAUGCGAGCAUGCGCGUGCGACUGGCACAUGAGAUCUCGCACGCCUGGUUCGGGCUCCUGGUUGGCGCCAAGGACUGGAGCGAAGAAUGGCUUUCAGAGGGGUUCGCCACGUUCAUAGAAGAGAAGAUUCAAUCAAAGGCUGAGAGGUGGUCUAGGGAUAAAGACAGAUUUUUUCGAGAAAUGAGGCAAAUUCUCCGGCACAGAUGUUUAUUGUCUGAAAUCAAGGAGUGUGAUGACAGUCUCAAGUGUUUGAGGCCCAAAGUCGCCAAACCGAAAUCUGCUAUUUCAGCAGCCGAAGCAGUUAAGAGGAGCUCGCGUCAGUCUGAUUCUGUGUCUAUCAAACCUCACACUGUGGUCCAGUUCGGUCAAAUCUGCUCCAGAAAAUGGACACAAGUUCAUUACCUCAAGGGAUACUUUUUACUUCAUUGCAUGGCGACUAUGGUUGGACUUGAGGAAUUCGAUCAGUUUUUGUUUGAAUAUGUCCAACAUUUCAGAGAGCAACUUGUUACUUCAGAGGACUUUUUUGGCUUCUUUGUUGAAAGUUUUCCCGAUGUACCAAGAGAAAUGAAGGAUAAUUUUAUGAGCGAAUGGCUGGAAAGACCGGGAUUACCCAAGUCUUUUCCGAAGAGGUUUGACAGCCCGGACAAUGAACUUGUUUCACAAGUGGAAAACGAGUUUCAGGUCUGGAAGAAACAAGACAUGAUUAACAAACGGAACAAGACGCUCAAAUUGCGAAAGAGAAAGCAACCUCCCAGCUCCAAUUUGGAAGUCGCUGAACAAGUUGUUUUGUUGCUGGAAAAACUUUUGGAGCGAGAGGCGAUAUCCCAUAACACACUGCGUCAGUUGGACAAGUGUUACAACUUAUCAAACGGAAAUGCCGAGAUUCGACAUCGCUGGUGUGAACUCGUGGUAAAACAUAAUUUCACUCCAGGGUUACCAGAUGUAAGGAGAUUUUUGAUAGAGGAUCAGGGAAUGGGUAUCUACCUUUUUGGUGAAUUGAUCAUUUCUCAGCAACCCAGACAACGCGCCUUGGUGGAUGACGUUCUGGCAGAAAUCGGCCCCGAGAUGGACAGGUGUACUUAUCGAACAGUAAAGGACAUGUUGGAGGGAAACGACUAACGGCCUGGGAACCACUUGUGUGAGCUUGGCGUGACAAUUUUACUGAGGUCCAAUUGAGAAUAUCGCGCUACACCCAUAUUUAUCGUACGUUGUAUUGUGUGACGGCACGAAUCAAGGUUUCAAUCGAAAUUUAUCAGGGAAAUAAGAAUGUCAUGUCACUUAUCUGGUCGUACCUCACUGGGAAAACGAUUGAACAUGACGUUAAGCUUAUCCGUGUUAAAUUCAGCAAAUAAUUUUUCUACGAUUUCUGGAUGUGAUCAUCCGAAGUGAUCUCCUGUUGCUAUAAAUUAAGUGUAUUUAUAACGAGAAUGACGAGAAUAAAGACUCAAGAAGAGAUGAUCAUCUCCUUGUAAGUCAUUGAUGUGUGUAUUAAUUCAUGGUAGCGUUCAACAUGCAUGUACUUUUUUGAUACUUCAGAACUUUGCAAACUGUUUCUCGUAUAAGUUAAAACCCUAUCAACUUUUUUUGAAAAGUCUAGUUCUUGUAAAUUUCCUCUGCAGGAACUCUGAAUAUGCUUCAAUAACAUGAAUAUCAUCAAAGAUGUUGCAACAUCUACUCCAGUUCUAAAAAAUAUGACUCCAAUCAAACUCAGUGUACUCAAAAUGCAAAUGAUUGUUUUAGUUAAAUAGACCGACCAACACAUUGCAUUUCAAU